AGUACCGCGCGCUGCUGACCAGUCUUCAGUACUGGUCUAGAAGACUACGCGUUCGGUUCACGGUUGUUCAAUAAUUCUUUUUUCUCACAUUGGGUAUUAUUAAUAUUGUUCGCUAAGUGCGAGUGCCUAAAAAAAAUUUAUAAGUCAUUCGAUCGAUAAAUUUGUGCUCUGACUAUACUUAGUAAUAAUAUAAUGGUGACUUCGCGCAUAUCAUUAGAAGGGCUUUUGCAAAAUAGACUGACUACGGACAUUUGCAAGGACACGUUAAGGAUGCAAGGAAACACAGCGGAAUUGUUUAAUUUAUAUACGGGAAAACAUCACGCCGACGACACGUCAUCGUCAUCGUGUGGCGCAGAGAUGAUGACCACCAUGACAAUCAAGCGGGAAGCGCACACGCCGACUACCGACCAGAGCGAAGACUCCGGCGUAGACGUGUCAGUGGUGGCUGAUGGCCACGACGGUCGUGGGCCGUUCAAACGAAAACGAUUGGACGACUCUGACGACGGGGACGGGUGUCCGACCGCAGUCAAGUCCAGCAGGACGGUUGAUGCUGCCGCGGCUGCGGCCAGCGUACUACGGUCGAUCAACAUGGAUACCUGUCCACCGUUUAGACCAUGGAGCUGCAGCGACGAGUCGUCGUCGGACGUGGGCCUCCGGCUGUUCCAUGACAUACGUAAUGUGGACAGGAUACUGACGCUGACGCAGCAACGCCGCGGCGAACAGUCUCCGUUGCCGUCACCACCGGAACCGCAACCCUUGGACCUGACAAAAGGCCAUCGACCCGCGACGAGACCAGUCGACGACAUUGCCUCAGCGUUGGACACGACCACCGCUGACGCCGAGAGCGCCGCCGAAUACGCCACACCGUCGACGGAGACGGUGGCGGCGGCGGCGUCGUUUCCAUGUAGAGUCGCGGAAGCGGCGGCCGGAGCGUCAACCACCACGGCCACGACCAGGUGCAGCAAAAACAUGUCCCGGGCCCGGAGGAUCGAGGCGAACGCCCGGGAAAGGUCUCGCGUGCACACCAUCAGCGCUGCAUUCGACACGCUCAGGGCCACCAUACCGUCGUACUCCCGGAACCAGAAGCUGUCCAAACUGUCGACGAUCCGCAUAGCCAGCGCUUAUAUACUGACGCUGUCCCGACUGCUGGACAUGGACUACAGUGCUGAGCAAGACAGUCCGUCCGUGGCCGAGUGCGUGGACAACGUCACGGGAAUCAUACACAUGGAGGGCAAGGCGAGAAAAAGAAAAGACGAUCAGUAAUAACCAAAUGAUGACAUUAUCAUUACCGCAUAAUAACGGGAAAAAUAUGUUUUUCCAUAUUAUUAUAUUAUUAUAAAAUAUAAUAAAUAUAAAUAUUAUAUUUUGUAUCGCAGUCGACUAAGAUGGUAUCAUCUAUAUACGUAAGACAUUUCCGGUUGCCUAUCGUGAGACGUCGUCAGAUCGAAACGAAGAUGAAGAUGAAGAUUUUUAUAUCCUUAUUGUGCAACUUGUAAGAUAUAAUAUAUCUUAAUACUGUCGUUUUGGAAUUGUUACUUUUACAUAAAAGUUCGUACCAUUUUCUUCGUCGCUGCACGAGUUGUAGACGUAUAUCAAAUUUCGGUUGUGGAACUGUAAAAAGUACAAAAUAUUAUAUCAUUUUGAGCGACGACAGAACGUAAUGAUCACAACUUCUGCGAAUCAAAUCGACUGGGCAGAGCUACAGCGAGAAGACUGCAGAGAGCGAGAGAGAGAAAACGUAUAAUUUAUAUACAUAUUGUUUUAUGUUGUAUAUUAUUAUACAAAUUUGGAAAUAAUUAUUCCAAGGCAGUGACGAUGGAUCGCUCAACCCUCCUUGGACACGAUGAACGUUGCUCCGGUGCCGCACCUUUUUCACCCUCGCGAAGAUCACACAAGCCAGACUUACGUGAUCCACAUGUUAAAACACAUGGCCAGCACUUGUCGCGUAAAUAGUAUAAUGUUAAUGUAAUAUAUUAAUAAUAUAAUGUUAUUACGACGAGUACGCAGGGCUUGCGUAUUAUUGUAUAUGCACUUUGACCUAUAAAUAUAAAACUCAUACGUUAUUACGUUAUAUUAUACAAUAAUAUACAAUAAUAUUAUAUUAUAUUAUUAUACAUUCGAAUAUCAUUAUA